AUGAGGAUGUGCAUCGAUUAUAGGGAGCUAAACAAGUUGACUCUUAAGAACAAGUAUCCACUGCCAAGGAUAGAUGACUUGUUUGAUCAACUUCGAGGAGCAGGAGUCUUUUCAAAAAUGGACUUGAGGUCCGGAUAUCACCAACUACGAGUUCGAAGGGAGGAUAUACCGAAGACUGCAUUUCGUACAAGAUAUGGCCACUACGAGUUCGUUGUGAUGCCGUUUGGAUUGACGAAUGCCCCAGCGGUGUUCAUGGAUUUGAUGAAUCGAAUAUUCCAUCCGUACUUGGAUAAAUUCGUUUUAGUCUUUAUAGAUGACGUGCUAGUCUACUCAAAGAACGAGAAGGAGCAUGAAGAGCACCUACGAAUCACGUUGGAGACGUUGAGGACCGAGAAGUUGUACGCCAAAUUCAGCAAGUGUGAAUUCUGGCUAAAGGAAGUGAAUUUUCUAGGACACAUUGUGUCGGCAGAAGGAAUCCGAGUGGACCCCGCCAAGGUUGAGGCGGUACAACAAUGGAAGUCGCCUUCAACACCAAACGAAAUUCGGAGUUUCCUAGGAUUGGCAGGAUACUACCGAAGAUUCAUAGAAGGAUUCUCUAAGAUAGCGAGACCAAUGACGCAACAACUUAAGAAGGGAGUCAAGGUGAAUUGGACCCCAGAGUGUGAAGCGAGUUUUCAACUCUUGAAGGAAAAGUUGACAACCGCGCCAGUGUUAGCUGUGCCCGAGGGCAAAGCCAAUGUAGUGGCAGAUGCUUUGAGCCGUAGAGAUCAUUCGCAAAUAGCUACCUUUCUAACGGAAGAGGAGACCGUGAUUCUUGACCGCGGUGGAAGUUGGGAAUCCGUACUACCGCUAAUUGAAUUUGCUUACAAUAACAGCUUCCAAGCAACAAUCAACAUGGCGCCAUAUGAAGCCUUAUACGGAAGAAAAUGUAGAUCGCCGCUCUACUGGGAUGAAGUUGGAGAGCGACGGGUGCUAGGACCCGAUGCAGUCGAAGAGAUGGUUGAAGUCGUUCGACAAAUUCGUGUGAGAAUAAAGGAAGCCCAGGACAGACAAAAGUCAUACGCUGACGUCCGACGAACCGACUUACAAUUUCAAGCCGGUGAUAAAGUUUUUCUUAAAGUGUCCCCGUCGAAAGGGAUAACACGUUUUGGUGUUAAAGGAAAAUUGAAACCACGUUUUAUCGGGCCUUACGAAAUUCUAGAGGGAAUAGGACCCGUAGCCUAUCGAUUGGCGCUACCGCCAAGUCUUGGAAACGUGCACAACGUCUUUCACGUAUCGCAGUUGCGAAAAUAUGUGUUCGAUCCGAAGCACGUGAUUCACUACGAAGAAGUCGCGUUGAAUUCCGACUUGAGCUACGAAGAGAGACCCCAAAUGAUCUUGGACCGAAAGGUUCAGAAUUUGAGAAAUAAAUCCAUUGCUAGCGUGAAAGUACUAUGGAGGAACCACGAAUAUGAAGAAGCCACGUGGGAGCUUGAAGACAAGAUGAUGGAACUGUACCCGGAA